GUUUUACUUCUUAGACAAAUGCGUUUACGGCAUCAGCCAGAUACAAGCGAACUCCCUCCGAUGCUCCUGACAGCCCGGGGUUGUUGUUGGCUCCCCCCGCCCUCCUCCUCUCCAGCAGAAAUCCGACUCAGGAGGAGAAUGGUAGCCAGCUAGCUAACGGUCAAAAACAGUUGGGUUUGCUCGUUUAACGCCGCUGGAUAUUUUGUCUCAACCAUGAAUUUACUACCAUCAAAUCCACACGGGAAUGGGCUUCUUUAUGCUGGAUUUAACCAGGAUCAUGGAUGCUUUGCUUGUGGAAUGGAGAAUGGAUUCCGUGUCUACAACACAGAUCCUCUCAAAGAGAAGGAGAAACAAGCCCUUUGUGUUUCAGAGUUCCUAGAGGGAGGAGUCGGCCAUGUGGAGAUGCUGUUCAGGUGUAACUACCUGGCACUAGUGGGAGGAGGGAAGAAACCAAAGUAUCCGACCAACAAAGUGAUGAUCUGGGACGACCUGAAGAAGAAGACGGUGAUUGAGAUCGAGUUCUCCACAGAAGUGAAAGCAGUGAAGCUUCGGCGUGACAGGAUCGUAGUGGUCCUAGACUCCAUGAUCAAAGUGUUCACCUUUACACACAACCCUCAUCAGCUGCACGUGUUUGAGACCUGCUAUAACCCCAAAGGUCUAUGUGUGCUGUGUCCAAACAGCAACAACUCUCUGCUGGCGUUCCCGGGAACGCAUUCGGGCCACGUGCAGAUAGUGGACCUGGCCAACACUGAAAAGCCACCUGUCGACAUCCCCGCUCAUGAGGGGGCGCUGUGCUGCAUUGCACUCAACCUGCAGGGAACCAGAAUAGCCACAGCAUCAGAAAAAGGGACGCUGAUCAGAAUCUUUGACACGUCUGCAGGGCAACUGAUCCAGGAGCUGAGGAGAGGAUCCCAGACGGCCAACAUUUACUGUAUCAACUUUAACCAGGAUGCAUCCCUGAUCUGCGUAUCCAGCGAUCACGGCACGGUUCACAUCUUUGCCGCCGAAGACCCCAAAAGGAACAAACAGUCGAGCUUGGCCUCCGCCAGCUUCCUCCCCAAAUACUUCAGCUCCAAGUGGAGCUUCUCCAAGUUCCAGGUGCCAUCGGGCUCUCCCUGUCUGUGUGCCUUCGGAACCGAGCCCAACGCCGUCAUAGCCAUCUGUGCUGACGGCAGCUACUACAAGUUCCUUUUUAACCAGAAGGGGGAGUGCUCCAGAGACGUGUACGCCCAGUUCCUGGAGAUGACCGAUGAGAAAAUAUGACCCUCGUGACUUCCUGUUGAGCAACACGUUCUUGUUCUCUAUUUCAACUUUUUUUUGGCUUUUCAAUUUUUUCUCUGAGGAAAUUAGGAGAAGUCCUACUUUGCACUUCACCUCAUCUAUAGAGACUCUGAGAAACGCAGAGCGUCAGAUGAAGAGGACAAAGAAACAAAGCACAGACUUUUUUUGGGGGGGAGACCUGCCAGCUUUACUCCCAAAGCAAACCCAUGGAGAUGAGGGAAAGUUUUUUUUUUUCCUGGAUUUAAAAUAGCUUUUACGAUGUCUUCCGAGGAGUUUCCAAAGGAUGGCUGUUUUUUUUUUUUUUUAUUAUUCCCACCCUGAUAGCUAGACGACUUGGAUCACUAACACCACCUAACUGAACUAUAGGGAGAGUGCCUCUAAAACUGAAGACAAUACGUAUGUGUGCUCAUAUUAUUGUUGGUAGAUAUACACACAUGCAUCAAGUGUAUAAAAAGAGGUGUGUGCAAGGCAGGAGGGAACGGAUCAGAGCGGAUAGCGAUCCUGCUUUAACUAUCACUUCAGUGUUUAUAAGUUUUCUUUGUUGCUGUAUAUAAACACUCAUUUGCUAACAACACAGAACAGUAACUAAAAAAAUAACCUGUAUUUGUUUUUUGUUUUUUUUUUUUAUAUCGGUUGUGCAAUACAUGGUUAAUUAUUAUUUUUUUUGUCUAAAAAUUAGUCAGUAGAGCUGGAAAAGUUCAAUAUAUUUUGAGAGAGAAGAUUCUGUAAAGUUAAAUGAGAUAAAAGUGGAGCCAAACAAAAACACUAUGAGUUGGCCCUUUAGUUUAGUUCAAUUAUAUUCAGAUUUCCUUAAAGGUUUCCUCAAAGGCGCAGAAAACUAAUCUAAUUAGAAUAACAGACUUUUUUGUUUGUGUUACUGAUUGCGUCCAUUGAAACGAGUUGACAGAUGAACGUUUUUGUUAUUUUUCUCUCCUUAUAUUGUCGCAUCCUUCAGUUGAUUUUCCGUUUUUGUUGCCUCCUGCAUCAAACGCUGCUUUUGCAGGCAUCGCGCUGAGAAGAUGCAGACUGCAGGAGGGAGAACUCAGUCGGCUGGUUUCAGAUAUUUUCACAAUGAUUGUAAAAUGUGGAUUUAAAUCUGUGAAUAAAAUGUAACAUCUGCUUUUCCAGAUA